UUUUUUUCUUCUUGUUUUUUUUUUUUUACUUUACUUUGUAUAUGCUUAUGGGAGGCGUCUCGUUUGUGUUUUGUGUUUUGUGUUUUUUUCUUCUUUUUUUUUGCUCCAUUCUCUACCGAUCAAUUUCCAUGGUCAAUGAUUCAAUGGUCAAUGGUCAAUGGUCAUCUUCAGACUUCAGAUUUCAGACUUCGUCGGGUGGAUGCUUUACCUUACCGAUGCUUUACCCUUACCUUACCGUAUUCUUGUGCCGGUUUGUGCCGGUUUGUGUGUGUGUGUUCGUUCUUUGUUCCUUUCCGGAUACAUGACAUGACAUGGUAACUCAUUUACCUACCUACUUGGAAGUUAGGACCUGGGUGUGUGCUUUCGUGCUCUCGUGCUCUGGUGCUUUUCUUUCUUUCUUCCUGCUUUCUUCUUUCUUCGUUCUUUCUUGGGGCCUGGG